AUGGACAAACCUGUGCUUAUUAUUGGGGCGGGCGUUUGCGGCUUGACUUUGGCUCAGGCCCUGCAAAGGUCCGGCAUUCCCUUUGAGGUCUUUGAGCGCGAUGAGCACGUCUCGUCACGGGGCCAAGGUUGGGCGAUAACUCUGCACUGGGCACUCCCUUAUCUCAGGAAGAUGUUGUCCGAGGAGACGAUGACGGACAUCGAUUCCGUGCAGGUGGAUCCUGAUGCGGACCGCGACGGCCAAGGCAAAUUUGUCUUUAUCAAUCUCAAAACUCUCGAACCUCGCUUUCGAAUCCCGCCGAGCCAGCGACGGAGGGUCAAUCGAGAAAAAUUACGACGCGUCCUGCUGGAUGGCGUAUCGCACAAAGUGAACUGGAACAAGUCGCUGUCCAGCAUAUCGCAGACACCAGAUGGAGUGGUGGCAACCUUUGAGGAUGGUAGCCAGUUCGAAGGAAGCAUAGUCGUGGGAGCGGAUGGAACGAAUUCGAAAACUCGCAAAAUUCUCGCACCAGACAGCUACAAAAACAUCAGAUUGCCGGUCAAGUUCGUGGGAUCGGCUGUGAAGAUGACCAGCAGCCAGGUGCAGCCGCUUCGAGCCGUCGAUCCUCUCUUGUUCCAAGGCUGUCACCCCGAGACAAAAGACUUUCUCUGGGUGAGCAUGCUGGACACUCCAGGCGUGAAUGGCACCAAGGGCACCGCCGAGGAGUUGUAUCAAGUGCAAAUCAAUCUCUCGUGGCUGACACAUCCCGAGGAAGACGACACCAAAUUGAGCGAUGCGGCGCGGUUAGCUGACAUGAAGCGGCGUGCGCAGAGAUUCCAUCCUGUGCUGCGCGAGGCCGUGCAGUCUAUACCCGAGGAGUCGCAAGUACUCGAGAUUGUUCUUCAGGACUGGCCCUGCUACGACUGGGACAAUCGAGGUGGCAGAGUUACACUGAUUGGCGAUGCUGCGCACGCAAUGACAAUGUAUCGUGGAGAGGCAGCGAACCACGGCAUGCUAGAUGCUUGCAGACUGUGGGAGACAUUGGAAGAAGUGUACAAUCGAAAGAUUGAUGUGAAUAAGGGGAUUGGCGACUUCGAGGCGGAGAUGAGAGAGAGAACGCGAGCGGCAGUGCUCCUGAGCCGACAGGCCUGCUAUGAUGCGCACGACUGGGCAGGACUAAAUGAGAACUCGGCGGUUCUCAAGAAGCGAGCUAUCUAUGGAGCUCGCACUUGA